GUCUGGGAAUCCGACUCGGCUGAUGUCCAUAAGGGUACCGACCGCGGUAAGUCCAGCUGUCCCACAAUCUUUGGUUGAGGUUUAGCUAUAGCAUCCCUUAACAUUAAUAGUCUGUUGUCUCAUAUUGACGAACUUAGAGUUUUUAUGUCCUCUUCAAAAGUUGAUAUUUUACAUAUCAACGAGUCAAAAUUAGACUCUACAGUACGUGAUGACGAAGUUUACAUACCUGGCUUUGAAAUAGUCAGAAAAGAUCGUAAAAUUAACGGAAGGAAUGGAGGUGGAGUAUGUACAUACGUACGCACUAAUCUGAACUAUCGAAUACGUAAUGAUUUAAAUAAUGAUCUUUUAGAGUCUCUUUUUGUUGAAAUCAGUAAGCCACGAAGUACACCAUUUCUGGUCGGUACUUGGUAUCGACCCCCAAGUUCUCCACCCAAUUUAUUUAGCGAAUUUGAGAAUGUUAUUGCUAAAAUUGACGCUGAAAAUAAGGAAUUAUAUUUACUCGGUGAUAUCAACUGCAAUUUGUUGCCUGAAGCAAUUACAGUCAAUUCUUCCCAU